CCACUUCUAGUGUACACCAAAGGACUUUUAGAAGCAUAAUAACCCCAACCUGAGUUGUUUAGUUGGAGAUCUGUGCCGCGAAAUAUUCCAGGGAAAAUCCGUCUCAACACCGUACACACAAACGGCUGGUAAAUUGGGUCAUUGUUUGCUCUUAAAGGUUACACAAGAAUCACUGCAUCGUGGCUCCCUGCUUCAUAUCUUGCGGCACGCUUGGGUUUGUCGAAAACCAUUGAUGUCAGUUGCUACGUGCGCUAUUGUUCACGCUUGUAUGUGGUGGGCUUUUCGUCAGUUAUUUUUAAUAGUCUGGUACAUUUCAACACAGCUGGCCAAAGUACAUCGCUCACAACAAACCUUCUCUCUGUCACGUCUAAUCACGGUGUGAUGUUAAAUCUCACAGCAUAUCAUGGGGUAAAAUCUGGCUCUGGUGUCCAUUUUCUCAAUCUGGCAAUCAGAGUCCAAGGUUGCCAUGGUUCCCAAACGAGAUAGCUCCUCAUUCAUUAACCCCGUGGAUUUCUUGUGUCACACACGCCACCAUCACCCGCAGUGUCCAGUACAACAGCUGGUCGAGGUCCAGAUUCGGCUAAACUUGAAGAAACUUGAAACCGUCUGAGGAAAAUUUCGACAAAACUGUCGGAUUUUUAACUUCCACGCAUCGAGUGCGCGUCAUCCUCAGCUGUGCAGUUUAAAUGGCUAACAAGAGUCUACUCAAUGAGAAUGUAGAAUCCUUGGGCUGCCAUCUCAGCUGGCCUGAGCUGCGCCCCUGUGUGGUAAAUAAGGAAACCCUUCGGCGAGAGGAAGACAUCCUUGCCAAGGAGAAGUGGGACUUCAACGACCGUCCAACGUACUACACAGCCGUCCGAAAUCUACAAGGGUUCAUCGCCUUCCACCUCAACGAUCACCAGAGAGCCCAAGCGUUCUUCCAAGAUGUCUUGGACAAGGAUGAGAGAAACAUCAACGCCCUGGGAAAUUUGGCUUUCUUGCACAGAAAGCUCUGUCAGAUGCACGAGUACUGGAAAUACCACGGCAGACUCACUGAAAUGUUAUCGAGGAAUUGUACUAAAGCUGAGAGAGCCAUGGCCUAUGCGGAUAAAGCCCACGCUAUUCGUUACCUCGAGCACAAACGUUGUUUUCGUUACAUGAGAUUUAUCGAGAGAGCGGUGACUGUAGGUAGGGAGUGCAAAGGUCCACAGAAAGCAGAGUGGCUCUUUGACUAUGCACUUGCUCUGUACAAGAGAGACUAUCAGAUGUUGUAUCUCAGGGAACUUGCUGGUCAAGCUUCGUUUGUGCCGGAGCAUUCUGAAUGGUACUCUGACGAGCGGAUUUUACGCGGAUUCAAGGAAGCCUGUCGAUUUUUCCUGGAGGUAGCACGCACCACUACCUCCAUAGAUUACCGAGCUCUGUCUUGGGUGUUCCUUGGAAUCCUUGUCAAUCACGACCCUAGAAACAGGAGCAUCGCCGUGGCUUUCCCUGAUCAGCCGGAGCUCCAACUCCUCACAGCUGCUGACUGCUUAGAAAAAGGCCUGGAGAUGCACCCAGAGCAUGCUAUUCUCAUCCGUAGAGUAGGCUCUGAAUACGUCAAAGUUGGAAACUAUGACAAGGCUAGGCCGUUGCUGGAAAAGUCCCUCAGUAAAUGUGAAUCGCAGUUCGUGUAUCGAUAUCUAGCUGUCAUGUUUUUGGGUAUAUAUGAAAGAGGUGACAAAGAGUUUAGACGGACGGAAGAGGGCAGACAAAUCCUUCAGCAGGCCGCCCAAAACUUCACCCGUGCUAUCGAAAUGAGACAAUACCCUGCGGACUACUCCGACCUGGGGUAUGUUUAUGCCCUCCUCGGACGUCACGCCGAAGCCAUCUCCAACUUCUCUCAUGCCGUGGACAGUGAGCACGACCACUUCUUUGAUCCAGUGCAGAACCACCAGCGGUGGGCUAGGUGCCUGGGGGAGCUUGACAACCAGGAAGGCAGCCGGCUGCAAGUGGCAGAGGCUAAAAGGGUCCGAGAGGAGAUCUUGAGAACACCCCUUGCUGAAGAUCAAGACUCGGCCUACUUCAACGACGACUUCGACUACUACAGCACCGUGGAGAAACCCAACUACGUGAGAAUUCUCGAGGACUACCACUUCGUGGCACCUCCUCGCCCCGAGCAGAACAGCACGCUGCGUGAGUGUACCUACCGGUACGACUUCUUCGUGUGGCACGCGGACAGGGACAGUCGAUGGGCAGAGGUUUUCGUGCAGAAGCUGGAGACGGAACACAGACUCGUAGGCUGCAUGCAGUCAAGGGACGUCGAAGGUGGGCGGUACGUGUCUGAGGCGUUUGUGGAUUGCUUGAAGUGCAGCUACAAGUUUGUGAUCAUCCUGACUCCACACCCUCUGGACCCCUCCCCCGACGACACCAUCCCCAAGAGCGUGGGGUGGGAGCGGUUUGCCGUCGAACAGGCUUUGUUCGAGGCCAAUAAUCACAGGGGCGGGCCCCGAGAGUACAUUUUACCCGUCGUGCUCCGUGACUGCUCCUUGCCGGUAACACUUCAGACGGUUCCAGCCAUCAAGUGCAAAGAGGGCCAGAUUCUGACGGAACAUUGGGAGGAAUUGGUGCGAAAACUCACCCAAUCAGCACGGUGUUCUGACAAUGUCUAAUUAUGCCAAAUCUACUCGAUUUGGAGAAAUAGCCGCUCUCAGUCCUUAGCAAGUUAUCACCGAGUGCGGUGUGUCAUUUAAUAAAUCUAGGUUUGCUAAUUCCGUUGCCUAUCCUUGCAUGCUGAACACGACUGAUCUUCUCUGUGACGAAAAACUGAAGAAACAGAGAGCAUUUUGCUAGCUUAUUGCCAUACCGUAGAGCACUUCCUGGUUAACAAUGAAAGCCUAAAGAUAUCAGCAGUUACCUGAGUGUACAAACCAAGCUGGUAAGUAGCAAUACCGCCCUCUUUUUAACAAAUGUGGAUAGCGUCCCCAAGCCAAUGUAUGAGGGGUAUGAGCGGAAACCAGUUAUCAUGCCCCGCCCCCACACUCGUUCGGAGUAAUCGUGAUCAGAGGAAAUGAUCAUCUCGACAUACUUGGCUAAGUUUGCUUAACCGGUCAGCAGUCAACACCACGAUCCCGGGAAAGGGUGUGGACCUUUUGAAUAGAAACAGGCAAACGAUAAAAGUUGAAACUGAAGUUCACACAUUAAUAAAUUCUGGACCCCAGUAUCGCAGGGAGNAACAAAUCAGUUGAAUUCCCACACUUGGUCCAUCCAGUGAAGGGCGGCCAUCUUUGAACAGUGAAUGAGGUAUCUCAGCAUUAGCGCAUUUCUUGCAAAGCACAUGGUGCCCAAUCUGUUAAAUAUAUGUGGUCUAAACCAAUAAGAAAAUUCAAAUCAGGAAACCACGGGAAAUGUGUCCACCUAUGUUGUGAUACCCAAGCCACUUUUCCAUGCAACCAGGAAGCAACCUGAGUCAGCAAAGCAAGCCGUUAAUUCCCCUUGAAUCGUGGACCAAAAUAAAGCCAACAGAACAGGCUACGGGGAAGUUUGUGAGGGGAAGCGCGUCAGUACCGUAAUCCUUCCUGCACGCAAAGUGAAAUCAUUUAGCGGCCAUGCACGUCGGCCAGUGAUGCCGGCUGCAGAGCGUGUUCUUGGCACACAAAGACCAUGACGCCAGGGCGUUUUCGCACAGCUGCUCCCGGUACUAGCCUCGCCCUUCCAGUCGUUCUUCAGGCAUGAACGCUUCUGCAACUCGUCCUCGGUAUCGCGGGUUGAUUUUAAACUCUCAAAACACCCUCACGCUUUCAUCGAAUUCAUUAGACCUAAAGGUUAUGUUUUUCAUAGCUGCAUGCGCUUCUUGGCAUGGAGGCCAGUUUGAUCAAUCAAAACUCCAUUAAAAAGUCUGUCAAAAGAGAAUCUGACCAUUUCCAUUUGGAAGACACGUUUCUUUCUUUUUUAUGGUUUACUUCGUGUCUUUGUUUUUAUUUCCCGCCACACGGGAAGGAGACUUUUUCGGCAGUAAGCAAUACCACUGAUCACGAGAAGGCACGAAAAUCAUUUCGCAUGCGCAAAAGCACUCUGCGUCAGCAAGCGACAAUGUUGCCUUAUGAAACUCGCAAUACUAUUGGUCACUGCUCUUUUCGUCCAUUGAGUUAGGUUGUUUUGUUUUUCCCCUUUUUAACAUUAUCUAUUCUGGUGACUUGGGCCUCGAAACUGGGAAAUCCAUUAUGAGCACCAGUCAAGAGCACAGGCCAGCCGCUGAUAUGGUGACCUUAAGCGCACCCAUCAGAUCCGGUCGACGCCAUGUUGAUCACGUUGACCUGAUUGACAUCGGGGAAAUGAAAAACUACCCGCUCUUCACUAGAAAAGUGGAGCAUCGGUUUUCACAAACACAUCACUUCUCGGAUUCGAAGUCAAGUUUGCCGUGCCACCCGAGUGGUAUUUGUGUACAGACAUGGCCUUUUUGUAAUUUGGGACUUUGGAGCAAUUUGUCGGUUGAAUUUUCUGAAAACCAUUCCUAAAAUAGAUUUGACUGAUUCGUAGGCGGUUUAAAGGAAACAUUUGGUGGGUAUUGUUAAAACAAUACACGCAAGAUCUAAACAGUUGUUUUUAAGUUCAUUGGUAGUGAAAACAAGGUUGCAGUAUUGCGCAGUUCGUAAUGCCUUCACCAUACGCACGAGGGCGCUAUUUUGCUGUUGUCGCACAAGGCAAUUCUUGUGCAAAAAACACAAGAACGGUGCAAAGACUGGUCCUACAAAAUCACCCACCACCAACGCAAAAAUAUUGGCCGCUACUUUUGUCAAAACAGGCUGUUUAGCAUGAAAACCAUAUGUAAAGUGAAAACCAAGCGUCAAGUGAAACUUACUCCAUAGAAAAUGCCGACAUAGUGUGACAUACAUAAUUGGACACAAAGCUACGGUGACACUCCUGUUCUGCCUUGUAUGGCGUCACUCUUUUGCUUAUGAAUAUGGAAAUUUUCAUCAGCAUACUCUCCCGUUUACUACUGCAAAGGAGGUGAAAGGUCAUCGUAAAUAAAGCUGUGCUAAAUUGAAAUCAUAAAAAAUCCUAUUAUUAUCCUAAAAUGGCUGGGAGACUGGGCGGGUAAAGGGCCAUUUGCUCCACCGGGAUUUGAAAAUUACCCACCCCACUGAAAGACCCCUUUUGGAACACAUAAUGUAGUGACGGAUUAAAAUCAUGCGAGUCAUUUUAUAAAGAGAAUUUCAUGAGUCCAGCUCCCUUGGGCAUUCGCCGCAACCUUCAUGCAACCUAAUUCCGGAAGCGAGAAAUAUCGCGUUGUUAGAAGCCGAAGCAAGGAAGUGUGAACAUAAUAUUCCAACUGCCAGAGCUUUUGCUCGAGGAGAAUAGUGACUGGAUUGCACCUUUAAUGUUCAAAGUAAUUGUGAACAUGAAUGGUGCCGCCAAAUGCACAACCCCGGUGAUGCGAUGGUCCAAUGACCUUAACUGUGUCGUAACAUUUUCUUAGUUCGUUGAUGCACGUCGGACAUGCUUUAUGAAUUUAUAUUAAUUUGAUUUUUUUUUCAGUAGGAAUCCUUUUUUGUUAUUGUUGAUUAAAAGAUCGGAUAUAAAUUUCUAUUUACAUGACUGUUUACCCACGUUUAAGUUAAAGUGUGUUAAUUAAAACAGUGGACAUUAUAUGAACAAUACACUUCCUAAUUAUAAAAUCAACCAAUCAACUAACUGAUAAUCUAACGAUAAAUACAAGCUGUGGGAAGCGUGCUGAGCUGAAUCGCCAUGUUGGACAUUUUAGUGUUGGCUUUGAUGAGAACUGCGUGUAAUUUAUGCAGGGAAAAGCAAAUGAAACAAAACCAAAAUUGA